ACUCCAUCGCUCCCUGUGUUCCCUCCGCCUGCUGCUGCUCAAGGCAUGGCUAGCAGCAGUAAAUUCAGAUCUGGUGAAAAGGAAGAAGAAGAGGGUGCGGCUCUUCAGUCUUCGCGCAUACACGGCAACGGGGAAGCGGCCCUGCCACCAUCGUCAUCCUCAUCCCCAUCCUCUUCAGCAGCAAUGGGCUGCCUACCGACGAGGCGCCCUUCCCCAACUCCUACUCCUCCGAUCACUACUCGAGUUCAAUCUCCGUCCCCUUCUCCUCCAUCCUCUUCGACACAAAGGGAGGGUGGUAGUGUCGUGAACGAUCGUAGCGAAAGCCCUGCUACUCCGGCGCACCCAGAUGAUCAUACUUCUAUGCCGCGGCAAACGGUGCAUCGCUCCAUCAGUACGCCAUUGAGUCAUCGUAUGGGAGAUCUGAGACAUCCUCGUCCAUCACAGCGAGCGACAUCAUCGUACAAUGAGGGAGCUGCGACCUCGCGCAACGGUCUUGCAUCCCCCCAAGCAGCGUCGCAUUCUGCUACCUCGUCCUCGAUCCGGCAUACAACCUCGGUCCCUUCACCUUCCUCCUCAUCGCCUCUGCACGAGGACCUCUCUUCCCCCUCUGCUCUAGCCCAACACAUACUCGACACACUUCAGCUGCCCAUCUCUCACCUCCUACAUACCAUCCCCCACCACCUCCUCGAGGAGUCGCAAGAGAUGCUCUCCGCGACCAGCCUUCACGUACCAGUCGCAACCGUCCAGGCUGUAUUGGAGGCCUUCAGAGGGCUGAAUUGGAUCAGUGGCAGGGUAGCUACCCAUCCCUCUGAUGGCGAGCCAUCGAGAGAAAGUAGCUUUGAUUUGGUUGAGCUGGUGCAACGAGCCGCAGACGUUGUUUCUGGUCAGGCAGCGGACAAAGGCAUCGAGGUUGUGCUCCUUUCAGACAACUCGUCAAACCCCACGAGCUCAGCAAGUCAGCUGCAAGUUAUGGCCAAUGGGGAUGUAGGAGCGGUGCGCUGCCUCCUUAUCCACACCAUGUCGCGCUACAUCGACCUCUCCCCGAAAGGCUCGACGGUAGAGGUGGAUCUGCUCCUCGAGAAGAACCAGAUCGCCUUCGCCCUAGGAACUCAGACGCCAUCUGGAGCUAUGCCUCCGCGGUCCGAGCUCUUUGCUCCUGAAGGCUACAUGCUCCAGCUGGCUGGCGCAGAUUGGGCGGUAGCAGAUGGGGAGAAGCUCAAAGGCAGGCUCAGCUUCCCGUCCAUCGUCGCGUCUCUGGCCCCGCCAGGCGCGCCCACGUCGACCGUGACUACCAAGACCGACGCGCAGGAGAAGAUCCCCCACCUUUCCCGCCCCUCUCUAGCAGAAGAUCCCACGCCGACCCAGCUGAGCAACUUUGCCGCGUUCGAGCUCAAGGAUCAGCGCGCUGCUCUACACGCCGACAGCGAAAGCCCCUUCGCCGCUGGUCUCACGGAUCUCCUACAGCGGUUCGGCUGUGAAGUGACUCGAAUUGCGACCGGUGAUCACGGUGAGGGUCCAGGAGGAGCAGCAGCUGCAACCACGCCGGCGAAGACGGCCAUUGCGCUUUCUGGGGGCGAUGGGAGGCCGGCGCUUGUGGAGUACAAGUCGGACUUGGCAAAGGAGAUUUCUUCAUCAGGCGACGCUGCGGGGGAGAAGAUCGAUAAAGUGCAAGCCGUGUUGGAUCCGGUCUCCGGUGUGCCCGUCAUGCUCGGCGAUAAGCCAGAUGGCGGUUACAGCACAGCCCCCGUAUCACCAGCAGGCUCAGCGCAGCCGUCUUCCGUCCCUAUGGAGCGCAAUACCACAUCAGGCUCAGCCAACUCUAACGCCAGCACCGUGCGAGCCACCUCGCCGAGCGCUGUCAGCAGCGGCGGCGGCGACGAGAUGCCCGCCUUCUCCUUCCUCAUGAUCGACGAUGACGUUGAAGUGCUACAGCAAGAGCUCCUGCGCAUGCGAUCGGCCCUUCCCAUCCUACGUACAGCGUUGGGGCAGACAACGCCUCACCCGGACAAUGCGGCAGCCGUCGCAUCAGCCGAGUUUCCAUUGGAUGGAAGAGGACCGUCAACGUCAGUCUCCCCGCCUCGCAGUGCGACGCAGGCCAUCAUAUUCUUCUCGUCGCUCGCCACUUAUCGCUCGAUAAAGGAUCUGGUACAGCGCCUACUCGAAGGAGGCGUGCAAGCUCCGGGUGACAGCAAUGUUACCACACCCAGCGAUGUGGCCGCCAACGCUCUCCUGCCCGAGAUAGUUGUCAUCCCUAAGCCAGCCGGCGCCCGCCGAAUCCUCACUGCCCUGCAUACAGCCGUGCGCAAACCGUUCGUCGAUGCAGCUUUUACGCCUAUCGCAACCAGUCCGAGCUCGCCGCACUUGUGGGGCUCAAGAACGCGGUCAUCGACGAACACGAAGGGUACGUCCGCCGCAGCCUCUCCUUCGCACGAAAGCAAAGGAAACACUCCCGCACCUCCACAACAAGAUGUUUCACCGUCAAAGAAGUCGGCUCCCUCCUCGCCAUCUCAGCAAUCAGCAUGGAGCGCAGCGACGCCAGCGUCGCCACCACGCUCCAGCGCCAAUGUUCCCACGUCGCCCCGACGAUCUCCGAACAGGCGUGGACCAGGUAUGAAGAUCCCCAACUUCCCUCGCACAGAUCCGGCGUCCGUCAUGGCCAGCACGCCGUCCCUCCCUACGCCAUUGCGUCAGGAGCUGUCGAGAAGCAACAGCUCAGAGGGUGGUAAUGAAGAGGAGGCUGCGAGCCCAACAAUGCAGCAACAUGCUUCACAAGCGGGGGCCACCCUCCAGCCGCAGUCGCGUUCCCCCGUCCUCCACGCCCUGCGCACUAGUGGCGGCAGCCGUGGCUCCCCCUCGAACUCGACCUCCGCCUCCCCCUCCGUCACCGGAAGCAACCUCCUCACCCCAGCACCACCCCUGUCUUCCCAUUCAUCACAUCGCUCGUCCACCGGCUCGAGCAGUCCAAUGCCGGUAGAAGCUCUUGAAUACUUCAGCGAGACGGCAGCCCGUCUCGGAACUGGUCUGGGCGCAGGAGGUGGAGGAGGAGCGAGCGGGAUGAUGAUACAGUCGCACGAUGGGAAGCCCGCUGGCAUCUUCUUUCAGCCCAUCAAGCCGCCCGCGCUGGGUCGUAGAAGUAACAGUGCGUACAGUCACGGGAGCGCGGGGACGAGGAGAAGUGGCGCCUCGCGUGGGGGAGGGAGUGGGGGAGCGAAUACGCCUGCUGCGAUUGGGGCUGGUGGUAAUGGCACCUCGCCGAAUAAGUCGGGCGAAGUCUCGCCGCACCCGAGCAGCGCGAGCGCGAGCAGUGCAGGUGGAAGUGCAGGAAGCAGCAACCAGAGCAACUUCCGACGUCGAAUCUCUGGCGGCAGCGCCGGUGGGGAUGUGCAAGACGAUGCGUCCACCGCGGCUGUUACGUCUCCCCGUGCAAGACCGCUGGCAAAGAUCCUGGACGAGUCGGGCACGGCGGGCGAAACGCCUUCUGAGAGGCAACGACGUCUUUCCUCCGAGGGCGCGAACAGUAUGCAGCUUGAUGGGACAGCGUCUGACAGUGGGCAAGUGACACCCUUGACAUCGUCCAACUUGGAACAUCUCGGAGAUGAGCAGUCGCCUCAAUCUGACGGCACGACCGCUGAACCACCAACGUUGGCCUCAAGGAACGGCGUAGGGCAAGAUUCAGCGGGUCCAUCGACAUCGUCAUCAUUGCUCACGGCCCGCUCCCCAGCAACGGACUGGCAGUCUGCGCCACCAGGUACCCUCUUCUCGCCGCAGGUGGGCAUCGAUCAAGUACUUGCAGCAAAGUCGCCCCCGCUGGCCACGCCAAUCUCUCAGCCUUUCUCUUCCGCAUCAUUGGCGCCGCAGUCAUCAGGAGCGUCAGCGUCGACAUCGCUGCAGGCAAUUGCUGGAGAGGAGAGUAGGGAUAGCGAUGUCAGGAGACAGCAGGGCAUUGAGAUGUCCAGAGGUCCGUCGCCCGCUGUGCCUACACCGCCCCUGCCAGUCGUGCGUCGUGUAUCCGCGAGCCGACGCGCUGAUGAGGCCAAUUCAACUGCCCCUCAGCCAGGCGCUACUGCCACUGCCUCGCGGCAGGCAGAGCGCACAGAGCAUGACAACGCGAACGUGAACGAUGCUAUCAACGAAUCCACCUCGCCCGAACAACCUGUCAGCGUUCCUCCCUCGGCAGCAGCAGCGUCAACAGCCGCCGCUUCCACUGGCGCGGGCCCCUCCUCUGGCGUUCGUCCAUCUGCGCAACCGCAAUCUGGCCUCCUAAUCGGCGCAGGGUUCGCCCCAACUACACGUCGCGGCGCUCCUUCGCGUCGAGCCGCAGUACGGGAGAAAGUCCUGCCGCCCAUUAAGGUGCUGAUCGUUGAGGACAACCCCAUUAAUCAGCGCAUCUUGAAGCAGUUCAUGAACCGCAAGCGCAUCCAGUCCGAAGUCGCCGUCAACGGACGCGAGGCGGUGGACAAAUGGGCUACUGGUGGUUUCCAUCUCAUCUUGAUGGACAUCCAGCUGCCCGUCAUGGAUGGUAUUGAGGCAACGAAGGAGAUCAGAAGACGCGAGAUGAGUGAGGGAGUCGUGCCGCCAACCAGUCCUUCGGGUGGACCGACUUCUGGUGGACAGGGCAGGUUGGGCGUUGACGGAAUGUCGACCACCACAACCGGCACCUCCUCUUCAGCUUCGUCAACAAGUCUCACAACCCCCAACACGGCCCUGAGCACCCCGGCCUCUACCCCCUUCCGCGCCUCCGUCAUCAUCGUCGCGCUGACAGCCUCUUCCCUCAACUCGGACAAGGUAGCCGCCCUUUCCUCAGGCUGCAACGACUUCCUGCAGAAGCCCGUCAGUCUCGUCUGGCUGGAGAAGAAGAUCAUCGAAUGGGGAAGCAUGCAGUACAUCGUUGGGUAUCUCGGAGAAGAGCAGCGCAGAGCGAUCGGCGCGGGAAGUAGCGCUGGGAAGAGGGGAGGUUAUGGGACUUCUGGAGCUGGGCCUGAUGUUAGGAAGGCGUUUGGCAAGGCGCCAGAUGUCAAGGCGCGACAGCUGGCUAGUAGGUUGCAUUUGCCUGCAACGAAGGCGAAGUGAAUGUGAGGGGAGAAGGAGGAGGGUGGAUUGAGCGUCACCGAGAGGAAGAAAGAGUCAUUCAGGGAUUCGUGGCGGUUUCAUCCUCGUGACCUCUCUAAUCGAUAUGGUGCUAUUCCAGUGCGAUGCGACG